CCGACGAGCUACUAUGUCUCUCACCAGUUGCUUGCUUCCCUUCCCUCAGUCAUCAACGGCUCCUUUGGCCUCCACGUGUUGUUGCCAUCUCGCCGCCUCUUUUUCUAGCUUUCCGGUAAGAAUAUGUGCGCAUGGAUCCAAAGAUGGUAGGUUUGGUGAAGUCGAGCGUUAAGCUCGGCUGAUUCGAGUGAACUAUCAUCCUUCGCCCUGCACCACCACGUACCCCGCCUCUUCAAACUGCAUGAAACCGUUGUUUCUGAGGCUGCUGCCCCUGCUUCUGCGCCCCAUGUUGCCAACAGCAUGGGCUCUGCUUCUGCUGCGCCCCCUGUUGCCAACAUGGCCUUUGCUUCUUGUAACAGUCAGUCCAAGGCUUUCCAGGAAAUUUGGCGAUGAUGGACAUGGAGUGUUCUCUGAAGUUUCUGACAAGUAUUUUCCUGACAUUAUUUCUCCUUGGCUCUUAUUCUGCUUACGAGAAUGUUCGUCUUGUUGAUGCUCGAGAAGACAACGAAAAACAUUAUGUGACACUGCAAGUAGAAGCUUCCAACGCCAUAGGACGACCCAUUCCUGAAACCCUUUUUGGGAUCUUCUUUGAGGAAAUCAAUCAUGCUGGAGCAGGUGGACUGUGGGCUGAACUUGUUAGCAACAGAGGAUUUGAAGCUGGUGGACAAAUCAUUCCUUCCAGUAUCUGGCCAUGGUCCAUUAUUGGAGAUGAAUCAACCAUAUCUGUAGUUACAGACCGCUCUUCAUGUUUUGAGCGCAACAAAAUUGCACUUAGAAUGGAAGUGCUUUGUAACAGCAGUGGUUGUCCAUCAGAAGGAGUCGGGGUUUAUAACCCGGGUUACUGGGGCAUGAACAUUGAAGAAGGAAAGAAAUACAAAGUGACCCUUUAUGUGCGUUCCACUGGGGACAUCGAUGUGUCUGUGUCUUUGACAAGCUCGAAUGGAUCACUAACUCUUGCAUCAGAGCAGAUUAUAGCUUUGGCUUCUGAGGUUUCAAAAUGGACAAAGAAGGAAAUGCUUUUGGAGGCAAAUGGAACAGAUGAUGGCGCAAGGCUUCAAUUGACAACUACCAAAAAUGGUUCAAUCUGGUUUGAUCAAGUCUCAGCCAUGCCUGUGGAUACUUAUAAGGGACAUGGUUUUAGGAAUGAUCUUUUCCAAAUGAUGGUUGAUCUAAAACCUCGUUUCAUCCGUUUCCCUGGUGGUUGUUAUGUGGAGGGUGAUUCGUUAAGCAACGCAUUCCACUGGAAAGAAACCGUGGGAGCUUGGGAAGAGAGGCCUGGCCACUUUGGUGAUGUUUGGAACUACUGGACAGAUGAUGGUCUUGGUCACUUUGAGUUCUUUCAUCUGGCUGAAGAUCUCGGUGCAGCUCCAAUAUGGGUGUUUAACAGUGGAAUCAGUCAUCAUGAUCAAGUUGAAACCGCACGUAUCAUGCCGUUUGUUCAAGAAGCGCUAGAUGGUAUUGAGUUUGCUCGUGGUGAUGCUAAUUCAACAUGGGGAUCAGUUCGAGCUGCAAUGGGACAUCCAAAGCCUUUUGGCCUUAAAUAUGUUGCUGUUGGGAAUGAAGAGUGUGGGAAAAAAUACUACAAAGGAAACUACCUUGAGUUCUAUAAUGCUAUCAAGAAAGCCUAUCCAGACAUCAAAAUCAUCUCCAACUGCGAUGGAUCGUCUCAACCACUCGAUCACCCCGCUGAUUACUAUGAUUUUCACGUUUAUGCUCCUGCCAAGGAUUUGUUUUCCAUGUCCCAUAAGUUUAACAAUACAUCGCGUGAUGGUCCAAAGGCUUUCGUUAGUGAAUACGCUGCGAAGAGCGAAACAGAUGCUAAUAAGGGAAACCUUCUAGCCGCUCUUGGUGAAGCAGGUUUCCUCCUUGGUUUGGAAAAGAACAGUGAUGUUGUAGGAAUGGUAAGCUAUGCACCUCUCUUCGUUAACACAAACGACAGAAGGUGGUUGCCAGAUGCUAUAGUUUUCAACUCGUCUCAUUUGUAUGGAACACCAAGCUAUUGGGUCCAACAAUUCUUCACAGAGUCAAGUGGAGCAACUCUUCUCAGCUCUACUAUGGAGGGAAACUCUUCUUAUGUUGAAGCAUCUGCCAUAUCCUUCCAAAGCAAUGGCUCUGAUUACAUACAGAUUAAGGCUGUUAACUUUGCAAACGUGACAGUAGAGCUGAAGGUAAAGAUGACUGGAUUGGACUCGAGCAACACGAAAGCUUCUGCAAAAAAGAAGAAAGUACUUACAUCUGCCAGUGUGAUGGAUGAGAACUCCUUCUCCAACCCAGAGAUGAUUAAGCCACAAGAAAGCAUAGGGGUGAUGCCGGAGGGGAACUUCACGUUUGUUCUCCCUCCCUACUCCUUUUCGUCAUUCGAUAUUUAGUGUCACUAGACGUUGUAGACUCUAAGUUUUAUACAACAAUGAGUGCGUGAAUGAUAUGAUUACAUAUCAAUAAUAUGACGUUACAUUCUAUUUGAUUCCACACAUUAUAAAUUUCCAUUAUCUA